AUGGAAAAGUUCAAUGCGAAGAAAAGCACACUAAGCAUUUACGUGAAGAACGAAGACCAGAUUAUGCAAGCGUAUGACGGGGACAUGUUUGGCGACCAAAGGAAGAGACUUCGAAAGGCAGCGCAUCCCAAGCUAGAAGAAGCGCUGUUGCGCUGGAUUGCCGUUCUGCGCGUUUUGCCUUUGAGCGGCCCCUUUAUCUGUGCACAAGCAGAGAAGUUCGUGGUGACUAUGAACAUUGACUCCUUCAAUGCGUCGGAAGGCUGGUUCGACCGCUUCAAAAAGCGACACGUGAUGGUGUUCCGCAAUGUGUGUGGUGAAAGAGGUGCGGUUGACAAAAGUGUUGUGCAGGACUGGCGGUCUAGACUAGCCGCGCGUUUUUGUACGUACGAGCUGUGCAACAUUUUCAAUGCUGAUGAGACAACGCUGUUCUAUAAGGCUCUGCCUGACAAGACAAUCGCAUUUAAGGGGGACCCGUGCAUCGGUGCAAAACGAAGUAAAGAGCGCGUGACAGUUCUUCUGGCUGCUAACAUGACCGGCAUAGAGCGGCUGCCGCUGCUGGUGAUCGGGAAGGCUGCGAAGCCAAGAUGUUUUAAGAAUAUUAAGCAGCUGCCUGUCGACUACCGGUUCAACAAAAAGGCUUGA